AUAUCGCCAAUACAUUUACGACGCUUUUAUACUUUUUUCGGUGCACAACAUAAAUUCAUUUUCAAGCUUAUUAUGCCUUAAACCCUCUCCAUCCCAAUCCGCAAACAAUCAAAACCUCACGCUACGAUCUACUUUCUCCUUCAUCCUCGUUAUAUUCCCCAUAGAAGCGAAUCGCCUUGUUCAGAAAGCGCGUAAACGCAGAGGCCGUACGGUAAUUAUGAUGGCGGAAGCUCCGGCGGCGGCGUCUCGAGAUGUUAGGGCCCCGGUCCUGUUGUCGGAUGCGGCGGCGAAGGAUGUGAUGAUCGCGUGGCUUCGGGGGGAGUUCGCGGCGGCGAACGCCAUCAUCGAUGCUCUGUGCGGCCACCUCAUACAGGCCUUGGGAUCGGAUUACGAGGCCGUGAUGGCGGCGAUCCACCGGAGGAGGCUCAACUGGAUCCCCCUUCUUCAGAUGCAGACGUACCACUCCAUCGCCCAAGUGACGGCGGAGCUGCAAAAAGCGACGGCCACGGCGAAAGGCCAGAAGGCGAUGGGAAGUAGCGGCCAUGCAGAGGAUGAUUCCCACAGCAGCGAUAUUACAGAAUCCGGAUGUGGAGAAGAGGAGCACGUGGGGGAGAAUAUUACGGUAUGUUCGAAUCACGUGGAAGAGUGCGAGUCACUCGUCAAGUUGACAAAGCGUUUUGCGGCCAAGGAGCAUGUCGGAGGACAUAGGGUGAACGUGGUGAAAGGGUUAAGAUUGUACGAAGAUGCCUUCACUAAAACUCAACUCUCCAAGCUGUCGGACGUUGUGAACGAACUCCGAGAGGCUGGUCGUAAUCAGGAACUGUCAGGGGAAACGUUCGUUUUGUUCAACAAGAACACCAGGGGAAACAAAAGAGAGCUUAUUCAGCUAGGAGUUCCCAUUUUUGGUCAUGCCAAGGAUGAACACUCUGGUAGCAUAGAACCAAUCCCGGCUCUUCUUCAGAAUGUGAUCGAUCAUCUUCUGGAGUGGCGGGUGAUCCCUGAAUACAAAAGACCCAACGGAUGCGUCAUCGACUUCUUUGACGAGGAAGAACACUCGCAGCCAUUCCAAAAGCCACCUCAUGUGGAUCAACCCAUCUCCACUCUGAUCUUGUCGGAAUCAACCAUGGUUUUCGGGCACAGGCUAGGGGUCGAUGACGACGGCAACUUCAGAGGGUCGUUGACACUGUCGCUAAAGGAAGGGUCGCUGCUGGUAAUGAGGGGAAACAGCGCAGAGAUGGCAAAGCACGUCACAUGUCCAUCUCCCAACAAAAGAGUCUCCAUCACUUUCUUCAAGCUCAAACCCAAUCUCCAACAGCCCCCUUCCCCAAACCCCAAUAUCGGCCUCCUCAGCCUCUGGCCACCAGCUGCCACUCCUCCGUCGCCCACUAUGGUCAUCCGUGCUCCGGUCGUCAUGUUGAACCAUAAGAGACUUGACGCCGGCACCGGAGUUUUCUUGCCGUGGAAGGCAGCGCCAAGAAAACCGGCGAGACAUCUCCCGCCCCGUGCACAGAGGCUACGUCUUCUCUCAUCGGUGGGAGAUCGUGAGUAAAUUGAACUGAACCAGAUAGUGUUUGAACAAUCUGGUUCUGUUUUUUUCCUCCCUGGUGUCUCAGGUUGUAUACUUGUUUCUUUUUGGUUUGAUUGGGUUUGGUUUCUUGUUUUUCUCGUAACUAACCCCCUCCCCCCCUAUAAAUUAAAUUUAGGGUAAACGGAGCCCAUAGACUUUUCUUUUCUUUUUGGGGUAUCCUCAAGCAAAGUAAUAACUCUCAAGGUUGUUAGUUUACACGAAUUUGGUUUU